CCUUCCAUGCUUCCUUGGUCUUCACCACGUGGGAAACCGGAGGUAGACACCAACGUGGUUUGUAGAAACUUGGCUGUUGGUGUUCAUGUCACAUCACAGUUUAUGCUUCCUUUAAUUUAUUCAUCAGAAUGACUGAAAUUAAAGCCGAAUCGGCUCCAGAGCCGGCCAAACAGCUGCUGGCGUUAAACCCGAAAGAAGAGUCCGAGUUUAAGAAGAAGGUCCAAGAGGCGAAGAAGAAGAAGAAGAAAUCCAGCAAGCAGCCGAAGAUCAGUCUGACUCCAGGAGUGGUUUAUGUCGGCCACCUGCCAGUCGGACUCUUUGAACCUCAGCUCAAAUCUUACUUUGAACAGUUUGGGAAAGUCCAGAGGCUGCGGCUGUCCAGGAGUAAAAAGACCGGUGGAAGCAAAGGUUAUGCAUUCAUUGAAUAUGAAUGUGAUGAAGUCGCUAAGAUUGUUGCAGAGACUAUGAACAAUUACCUCAUGGGAGAAAGACUCAUCCAGUGUCACGUAAUGCCCCCAGAGAAGGUUCAUGAGAAGAUGUUUGUGGGCUCACAGAGAGAAUUUAAAAAGCCCUCCCGCCCCGCUGUGGCGCGCUACAACAAGAAACGUACAGAGGAGGAGAUCGAGAAGAUGAGAACCAAGCUGCUGCAGAAAGAAUCCAAGCUCCGCAAGAGGCUGGCAGCACAUGGAAUCGACUACGACUUCCCUGGAUUUGCCGCUCAGAAGAAAAAGUCCUCAGAUCCCAUGAAUGCGUCCACGUGUAGUGACACCACACCGGUCUGCACCCCGUCCGUCCUGGAGAGGAGGAAAUCCAUGGUUGUAGAUGAUGACGAUGAUGAUGAUGAAAUUGUCAUUAAGUUGCCAGCUGUAGAGACAGAUGAAGAGUGCUCCUCAGAGGAAGAGGAGGCUAACAGCGACAAAGAGGAAGAAGAGGAGGAGUCAGAGAAAGAAGACGAGGAGAAGGAGUGAAAGACUUGAGCUUUUAUUGUGGACUUUGUUGUUUAGUCUGACUGACGGAGAGCACACAUCAGGAUCCAAAGUGGUCUUUUAUUCUGAUCACAUGAUUACACUGAAGUCCCUCUGUGUGGAGACCACAUCACAUUUGUAAACUAAGCUCCGUGUAAAGACUCUACCCUGAUCUGGGUAUGACACCAGUCAGUACUUAUUGUGUGUAAUUGUGCUUGUGAUAUCCUCAGUGAGUUCUUAAAACAAGCAACUAUGUUGCCUGGACUUCUUUCACAUUUCUGAAGGGGCAUCUUAGCCUCAGCAGACUUUUGAACCAUGCAGAGGGCACUAAUGUUUUUGUUUGUUUGCUUUGUGACCACAGUUGACCAAAAGUCUGGUUACAUUUGUAAAAUGUAAAAUAUGAACCUUAAAAUAAAUGAUGUCAGAACUUA